UGUGGGUCAUAUAAAUAACGCUAACAGCAGAGAAUUUUCUCUCUCAAGAAUCCAUACAAUCUGCCCGCUCUAUAUUCUCGACCCAGAAAAGGAAUUUGAUUAUAAAGAUUGUACCUGUCGGGAAUGCGGGCAGAUGUGGAUUAGUUUUUAGCUUCUUUCAUUUCUUCUUUUUCGUUUUGGGAAUUUUCAUUUGUGUUUUGUCUUUUGUGAAAUUGGAAGAUACCCAAUUUGUUGUUUGUUGAAUUAUUGUAUUAAAGCAAGAAAAGGUCGUGCUUUUAUUGAUGGGUUUUCUUGUUGAUUCACAGAAAGAAGGUAAAUUAGGUGUAUUUGGUGGUUGUAUUAGAAGUUUGGUUAGGAGAAAACAGGUUGAUUCUAUUCAUGCUAAAGCUCAUAAUUCUCAUCAUCAGUUAGCUAAGGAGUUGUCUGUUCCUCACCUUAUUGCUAUUGGAGUUGGCUCGACAAUUGGAGCUGGAGUUUAUAUUCUUGUUGGAACAGUUGCUAGAGAGCAUUCUGGUCCAGCUCUUGCCAUCUCUUUUCUGAUUGCUGGAAUUGCUGCUGCUCUAUCUGCCUUUUGCUAUGCAGAGCUUGCGAGUCGUUGCCCAUCUGCUGGCAGUGCCUAUCACUAUUCGUAUAUAUGUGUUGGAGAAGGUGCUGCAUGGCUGAUUGGCUGGGCUCUAAUUUUGGAAUACACAAUUGGUGGGUCUGCAGUUGCCCGUGGCAUAUCCCCAAAUCUGGCAUUGCUUUUCGGAGGUCAGGAUAGUCUACCUGCUUUUCUAGCUCGUCAGCAUAUUCCAGGGCUUGAUAUUGUGGUUGACCCAUGUGCUGCAGUUCUAGUAGUUAUUGUUACUGGACUCCUGUGUGUGGGAAUCAAGGAGAGUACCCUGGUGCAAGCAAUAGUUACCACUGUCAAUGUCUGUGCCAUGCUUUUUGUCAUAAUAGUUGGUAGUUAUCUGGGCUUCAAGACUGGAUGGCCAGGAUAUGAACUUCCUACUGGGUAUUUUGCCUUUGGAGUGGAUGGGAUGCUUGCCGGAUCUGCAACAGUUUUUUUUGCUUACAUUGGUUUUGAUUCGGUUGCUAGCACUGCUGAGGAGGUGAAGAAUCCUCAAAGAGAUUUGCCUAUGGGAAUAGGCUUUGCUCUGUCUAUUUGUUGCAGUUUAUACAUGUUGGUUUCAGUUGUUAUUGUUGGCCUGGUACCUUAUUUUGCAAUGAAUCCUGAUACUCCGAUCUCUUCUGCAUUUGCUGAGCAUGGAAUGCAUUGGGCAGCGUACAUAAUAACUGCUGGAGCUGUUAUGGCUCUCUGUUCAACAUUGAUGGGUUCACUCCUUCCCCAGCCUCGGAUUUUGAUGGCAAUGGCUAGAGAUGGAUUACUUCCACCAUUCUUCUCAGAUGUUAAUAGAAGUACUCAGAUUCCUAUAAAGAGCACAUUGACGACUGGUGCUGGUGCAGCGGUAUUGGCAUUUUGUAUGGAGGUUGACCAAUUGGCAGGAAUGGUCAGUGUGGGCACCCUUCUUGCUUUCACCAUGGUUGCAAUUUCUGUAUUGAUACUGAGAUAUGUGCCACCAGAUGAGGUGCCAUUUCCAUCUUCACUUCAGGACACAAUUGAUUCUGUGUCAUUGCUGUACAGUGCAAAGGGUCAGGAUACUAAUGGUGAGAAGUCUGAGGUUCAUGCUGGUACUUCUAGUACUUUGCCUUUACUGGGCAAAACAAACGCUGCAGUUGAUUAUCAUGUAAUCGGUAAAGAAGAAGCACAAGGCAGUUUUCUCCUAAAAGAAGAGAACAGAAGAAAGAUUGCUGGCUGGACCAUAGCAUUCACAUGUAUUGGAGCAUUUCUUCUUACAUAUUCAGCUACAGAUUUGAGCCUUCCUGGGCCUUUUCGCUUUACGUUGUGUGGUGUUGGUGGUGCUGUUCUUCUAUUUGGCUUGGUUGUGCUAACCUGUAUCGAACAGGAUGAUGCAAGGCAUAGCUUUGGGCAUUCCGGAGGUUUCAUUUGUCCAUUGGUUCCACUCCUUCCAAUCAUCUGCAUUCUCAUCAACACAUACCUGCUGAUUAAUCUAGGUGCUGCAACCUGGACCCGUGUUUCUGUUUGGCUCAUAAUCGGAGUGUUUGUUUACGCAUUCUAUGGGCGGGCUCACAGCUCACUGCUUCAUGCAGUCUACGUGCCUGCAGCUCAUGCUGAUGAAAUUUAUCGCAGCUCUGGAGAUAGUUUAGCUUAGAAUGCAGCUGGUUUCAAUAGCCAGCCCCCAGAUUCUUGCAACAGAAUCUCUUUGUUGUAUGAUGGCCUUCUUCCUGGGACAUCGUUCCCACCACAGAUUAUUUUCCCCUUCCCCAUGAUUUGUUUGUACCUUUAUUAUAGCAGUGUGAUGGCUGACUGAAAUCAGUCUUGUGUGUAUAGUAUUAUUAUACUAGAUGGGCGAAUCGGGUACCUGUUCAAACCAUGUACAUAGUUUGCAAAUCACAUAAGGCCGUUUAUCUUUUCA